AUGUCGCACUCCGGCGUCUCAUCGCGGUCGACAGCGUUCGUCAUUGACGCAAUGGCGCGCGGCCUCGACGACGAACCACUUUUCCCGGCCGACGACCAACCCGCCGAUUCCACCUUCAAAUUCGCAGUCAAGGACAACAUCGCGACCCUCAACUCCCCGACCACCUGCGCCUCCGCCUUUCUCCGCUCCUACCAGUCCCCCUUUGAAGCGACCAUUGUCCGCCAGCUACGUGACCGCGGCGGUGCCUUUGUGGGCAAAACCAACAUGGACGAGUUCGGCAUGGGCUCCCACUCGGUCAACUCGGUCCACGGCCCGGUAACGAAUCCCAACUUCGACGCAUCAGCUCCCCGGUCAGCCGGCGGAAGCUCCGGCGGAAGCGCAGUCGCCGUACGGCUCCUCGAGGCCGACGUCGCGCUGGGAACGGACACGGGAGGGUCGAUUCGCCUGCCAGCGGCGUACUCGGGCACUGUUGGCUUUAAACCUUCCUACGGGAUGCUCUCGCGGUUCGGCGUCGUGCCCUACGCAAACUCGCUCGACACGGUUGGGUUCUUUGCGCGCGACGUCAGGAGCGUGUACGACUUGAUCAUCGGCUCUGGGCUGAUCCGUGAACACGACCCCAACGACCCCACGUCCUUGACCGACGCGUCCCGCAAGCGAUGUGCCGAAACUCACGGACACAACAACAAGCCAGUACUGCAUCAAGGAGCUCCACCCCUCAUCCACGACGCGUGGCGCGAGGCCGCCGACGCCCUCCGGGAAUGGGGCGCCAAGAUCGUCCCCGUCAGUCUUCCGCGCACCGAAUUGGCCUUGCCCGCGUACUACAUCAUCGCACCCGCGGAAGCGUCGUCCAACCUCGCCAAGUACGAUGGCGUGCGCUACGGUGCCCGCGGCGAGGGCAGCGACGGGGCGGGAGAGGUGCUCUAUUCGGACACGCGCGGCCAAGGAUUCGGCGAGGAAGUCAAGCGGCGCAUCCUCCUCGGCACGUAUUCGCUCAGCUCCGACAAGAUGGACAAUUUCUUCAUCCAGGCACAAAAAGUGCGGAGGCUUGUGCAACAGGACUUUGACCGAGUUUUCAAGCUUAGCAAUCCCUCUACGAGGCCGAGCAAUUCGACCUCAGCGAGAUGGACGACCAAGUCACGCUCCAGGAUAAGAAGGGACCCCCGCAGGUGGACUUCUUGCUCUGCCCGACCGCUCCGACUUUCCCCCUUGAUCGAGGAUAUCGACCACCAAACGGCCGUCGACUCGUACAUGAAUGACGUGUUUACCGUGCCGGCUAGUCUUGCCGGCCUCCCUAGUAUCAGCAUUCCGGUACCAGUCAAGGGAGCAACUCCAGAGACUGGUCCCGUUGCAGGCCUGCAACUCAUCGGCCAAUACUGGGAUGACGGGCGGGUGCUCGCCAUAGCGCACGAGCUGUUGCAACGUGCGCCUGUAUCAAUAUGA